AUGUCAAAACCAACAUCUGAUGUAGUAUAUGGUCUGGACAACGACAAGCGUCGUACCUUCCUCCCUAGCACAGAUAAUACGUUUGGUGGAUACCCAAUCCCAUAUGUUAUGCUAGAUACUGGAUGUAACUCUCAUUUACUCUCUAUUCCAGAGAUGGAUGGGCUGUCCACCCUGUUCAAUACAUUCCCAACCAAGCAUCCAAAUGCUGCUGGUGAACAAUUCACGUACAAAAUCAAAAGUGGAGGAGGUGUUGCUGCAUUGCAGUCUCCUGUGUUGAGUGUUUACAACAACGCUGGAAAUGCAUUCACUAUCCGACUUUGUUCUGACCUAUACCCACACGAGCUCAUCCACAAUGAAUAUCUCCGUUUCAGUCUUUGCUAUGACGAUGUUGUGGGAAUACUUUCUGCAGUUGAUUCCGCCCAAAUAAAUUCAAUUAAGGCAAUUAUUCCUGGUAUCAAUAUCGCGAAGCGAAGAAGACAUGCGCUUCUUGGAAGAUCAUUGAUUGGAGUUGGAGGUCGACAAAUGCGCUUUAUCAGAGACUUGACUAUUAUCUCUGCAAAUAGCGCGCGGGUAUCCCCCUCCCCUCAAGAGGUAGAUGAAAUACUAAAUAUUUGCACCAAUUUUGUUUCAAACAACUCAAUGGGAAUGCAAAUUUUCAACGACUUGGAGGAUGACUAUCUAAUUGAGAUUCCUCAUGACGACGAGAAACUGGAUUCCUAA